CAGAGAUUACCAAGUAGUCUUAUCGGUUCGGUUCGUUGUCUUCCUGUUCAGUGAAACUGAUAAAAGUGACAACGAGCGUUCGGUCCCAACAUUUCCCUCGAAAAACAACCGGCGGAAAGUUAAAAACUGUGCUGUGCUCGUGUACGUGUCGGAGUUCCGCUAUCGGCAAACACAAACCUAUAAUGAACGUUUGAUUAUGAUUUGUAUUUUCAAAUCAUUCCCCGAUCGUUUAACGAUACUUUCGUCCCGAAAACGGAAGCGGCUCAAGUAACUCGGCCAAAUCGCAUCCGCCAUUUAAACCCGGAUUAUUUUUGGCGCCUAUUUAUACCGAGCCCAAUUAUUUAUUUUUUGAUUUUUUACGCCGUUUUAACUCAUUGAGCCCAGCGAACAUGCACCCCCAUCGCCUCUAGAACUCCGCCGAAUUAGUUUUACCCAAUUUUCGCCAAAAUGAAAAGCAACGUGACGAAUGGGACCAGCAACAACACCAGAUAUACGGUCGUUUUCGACCAAGAGAACCUCAACAACACCGAAAAGAAAAAAACAGGAUGGUUCGGCACGCGCCACUUUGUGACCUUCAUGCUGUUCCUCGGAAUGGCAAACGCCUAUGUAAUGAGGACCAACAUGUCUAUGGCCAUCGUGGCAAUGGUGAACCACACGGCAAUCGAAGCCUCACAUUCGAACCACGACGAGCCGGUUGACACCGAAUGCGGCGUGGAUCUGCCCCAGGCGAACAAAUCGCACCAGGAAAACGACGGCGAAUUUGUCUGGGAGACGGACAUCCAGGGCUACGUCCUCAGCUCCUUCUUCUACGGCUACGUCGUCACCCAGAUCCCCUUCGGCAUCCUCUCCAAGCGCUACGGCAACAUCUACUUCCUGGGCGUUGGCAUGCUGAUCAACUCCCUGUUCGGCCUCCUGGUGCCCGUCGCCGCCAACAUGGGCAUCUGGUGGCUGAUAGCCGUGAGGUUCAUUCAGGGCCUCGGUGAGGGCCCUAUUGUCCCAUGCACACACGCUCUUCUGGCAAAAUGGAUCCCUCCUAACGAGAGAAGUCGAAUGGGUGCUUUCGUUUAUGCAGGAGCGCAAUUUGGAACAGUCAUUUCAAUGCCGCUGAGUGGCCUUUUGUCGGCUUCGUCCGCCGGCUGGCCGUCCAUUUUUUACGUUUUUGGGGCCGUUGGGACCGUCUGGUGCGUGGCCUUCCUGAUCUUCGUCUACGAAGACCCGAGCACGAACCCCAAAAUGAACAUCGACGAGAAAAAAUACAUACAAAAAGCCUUGGGGAACGUCAGCGGGGCACCUAUUCCGCCAAUCCCGUGGAAGUCGAUCAUCAAAUCCCUGCCCUUCUGGGCCAUUCUGCUGGCCCAUAUGGGCCAUAACUACGGGUAUGAGACCUUGAUGACUGAGUUACCGACGUAUAUGAAACAAGUUCUACACUUCAGUAUUAAAGACAAUGGGUUUCUUUCGGCUCUACCUUACCUAGCCAUGUGGUUGUUCUCGAUCUUCAUUAGUCACGUUGCUGAUUGGUUGUUAACCAAACCGUGCUUCACACACACUAUUGUGCGAAAGUUGAUCAACGGAAUUGGCCAAUAUGGCCCUGCGAUUGCGUUGGUGGCGGCGUCAUUCACGGGCUGUGACCGAUGGUUGACCGUGGCCAUCCUCACCAUCGGAGUGGGCCUGAACGGCGGUAUCUACUCUGGCUUCAAAGUCAACCACUUGGACAUCUCCCCGCAAUUCGCCGGGAUCCUGAUGGCCUUCACCAACUGUUUGGCAAAUCUUGCCGGAUUGUUAGCCCCAAUCUACGCUGGAAACGUAGUUUUGGGAACGCCUAGUCAAGCGAAAUGGCGCGUCGUCUUCGUCACGGCAGCGGGUGUUUAUGCUGCGUGUUGCACGUUCUAUAUUCUGUUCGGCUCAGGGGAGCGCCAGUCCUGGGAUCAGCAGGAGGAUCCCGACAAGAAGAAGGAGGCAGACAGUGACCCGGAGAUUGUGACAACACGUGCUUGAUUAACUAACUAAAAGUACUAUUGUGAUUUCUAUUCUACAAGUUAUUGUAUAUUUUAUAUUGCCGCAACUAAACUAGUGCAGCUGUUAUUAUUUUAUUUGUACUGUAGAUUGCAAUACUCUUGAGAAACCUAAGUUUUAUUGUAAGUGUUGCGUGAAGGUUUCGGUUUGAUCCAGUGCGAGCGAGUACAAAUGGUCUCAAAAUUUUUGUUGAUUUAAUAUUUUUAUGAUUAGGUACGUUAUUUAAAAACUUGUGAACAGAAUUGUUAUGAUUUAGAUAAAUACAGAAGGAAUUUUUA